AUGAGUUCGAUCCUCACUGCAGGCUACGCUGCGGUUGCUUAUUUUUUCCUUUUCCUUUCCUUUUUUCCUCUUCUUUCUUUCCUUUUCCUUUCUUUUCUCUCCUUUCCUUUUCCUUUCUUUCUUUCCUUUUUUUUCCUUUCUUUUCCUCUUCUUUCUUCCCUUCCCUUUCUUUUCCUCUCCUUUUCCUUUUCCUUUUCUUUCUUUUCCUUUUCAUUUCCAAACGAAUUUCUGCUUUCCUUUCUUUCUUUCUUCCUUUCCUUUCUUUUCCUUUGGUCCAAACUUUUCCUUUUCCUUUUCCUUUCUUUUCCUCUUCUUUCUUUUCCUUCCUUCCUUUCUUUCCUUUCCUUUUUUUUUUUUUUUCUGUUCAGUUUUUUCUUUCUUUUCCUUUUCCUUUCCUUUUCUUUUCCUCUCCUUUCCUUUUUGUUCUUCCUUUUUCCUUUCUUUUCCUUUCUUUUCCUUUUUCUUUCUGUUUCUUUUCUUUUUCUUCCCUUUCCUUUUCUUUUUCUUUCUCCUCCCUUUUUUUUUCUUUUCUUCUCCUCUCUUUUCUUUUUCUUUCUUUUUCUCCUUUCCUUUUUUCUUUCUUUCCUCCUUUCCUUUUUUUCUCUUCUUUCCCUUCCUUUUUCUUUUCCCUCUCAUUCUCCUUUUUCUUUUUCUUUUCCUUUUCCUUUCCUUUCUUUUCCUCUUCUUUCUUUCCUUUCCUUUCUUUUCCCUUUCCUUUUCCUUUUCUUUUCCUUUUCCUUUCAGUUCCUUUCUUUCCUCUUCUUUCUUUCCCUUCCUUUCCUUUCUUUUCCUCUCCUUUCCUUUUCCUUUUCUUUCGUUUUCCUUCUCCCUUUCCUUUCUUUUUUCUUCUCCUUCCUUCUUUCUUUUCCUCUCCUUUCCUUUUCCUUUUCUUUCUUUUCCUUUUCCUUUCCUUUCUUUUCCUCUUCUUUCUUUCCCUUCCUUUUCCUUUCUUUUCUUCUCCUUUCUUUUCCUUUUCUUUCUUUUCCUUUUCCUUUCCUUUCUUUUCCUCUUCUUUCUUUCCUUUCCUUUCUUUUCCUCUCCUUUCCUUUUCCUUUUCUUUCUUUUCCUUUUCCUUUCCUUUCUUUUCCUCUUCUUUCUUUCCCUUCCUUUCCUUUCUUUUCCUCUCCUUUCCUUUUCCUUUUCUUUCUUUUCCUUUUCCUUUCCUUUCUUUUCCUCUUCUUUCUUUCCCUUCCCUUUCUUUUCCUCUCCUUUCCUUUUCCUUUUCUUUCUUUUCCUUUUCCUUUCCUUUCUUUUCCUCUUCUUUUCUUUUCCUUUUUGUUAAAAGACGCCACAAUCUCAGCCAUGAGCCUAUUUCCUACUUGA